AUUAUUUCUCUUCUUAUAUUACACACAUUUGAUCCAAUAUGUACAUACUUACCACUAUAUAUACAUUUCCACUUGAACUUUAGUAAAACUCAACCUCAACUUUAUUAAUUUCUCACACGACUAAAAGUCCCAAAUAUAUAUCUUAGACUAUAUAUAAAUUUUUAGCCAUGGUGUUGGAAGGCAUCAGCCACGGUGGUGGGCUCCAUUUCGUGGCACGAGUCUUAAUGGGGCGGUGGUUCUUAGUGUUUUCCACCCUCCUAGUGAUGUCCGCGGCCGGAGCCACGUACAUGUUUGGAUCGUACUCUAAGGACAUAAAAACGUCCUUAGGGUAUGACCAAACUACCCUUAACCUCCUUAGUUUUUUCAAGGAUUUAGGGUCAACCGUAGGGAUACCCGCAGGGUUAUUAAUGGAAAUUGCACCUCCAUGGUUUGUACUAGCCGUGGGUGCUGUUCUUAAUUUCUUUGGUUACUUCAUGAUUUGGCUAUCCGUUACUAGACGUAUAGCAAAGCCUGCUGUUUGGCAAAUGUGCUUGUACAUCUGCGUAGGUGCAAACUCUCAAGCUUUCGCAAAUACCGGUGCACUAGUUACUUGUGUGAAGAACUUUCCAGAGAGCCGAGGAGUAGUGUUAGGCUUGCUAAAAGGCUUUGUUGGUCUAAGUGGUGCCAUCAUAACCCAAUUCUACUUUGCCUUAUAUGGUGGUCACAACUCCAAAGCCCUAAUUCUCCUUAUUGGUUGGCUACCAGCCGUCAUUUCACUCGCAUUCCUAGGCACUAUCCGAUACAUGAAAGUUGUUCGACAGAAAAAUGAGGUCAAAAUAUUCUAUGAGAUGCUUUACAUCUCCCUUGGCCUUGCUAGUUUUCUCAUGAUCAUGAUCAUACUUCAAAAGCAAUUGACCUUCACUCGAAAUGAGUACAUAGGAAGUGGUGUAGCAGUUCUUAUCUUGCUCCUUUUACCUAUCUACACUGUGGUUAAGGAGGAGUAUAGGUUAUGGAAGAAGAAGCAAGAAGUGUUGCAAAAUGCUCCUAAGGUAGAUAUUGUCGUAAAUGGUGGUGAUGGUAAGGAAGAGACAGUUAAGAAAUCGCCUCCUAAAAUAUAUGAUGAGACGCCUAUAGUACAAAGAGAGGCAGAUUCGUGUUUUCAGAAUGUUUUCCGUCCACCUAAACGAGGUGAAGAUUACACUAUUUUACAAGCGCUUUUCAGUAUCGACAUGUUGAUUUUGUUUUUGUCAGUGAUAUGUGGAAUUGGUGGUACGUUAACUGCAAUUGAUAAUUUGGGUCAAAUCGGAGCAUCACUCGGGUAUCCACCUAAGAGCAUAAGCACUUUCGUGUCCUUAGUGAGUAUAUGGAACUACUUGGGUCGGGUCGUGGCCGGUUUUUAUUCGGAGCACUUGUUAAAGAAGUACAAACUUCCAAGGCCUCUUUUCCUCACAUUUAUGCUCUUACUAUCUUGCGCUGGACACCUUCUAAUUGCUUUCAAUGUUCGUAAUGGGCUUUACGUUGCAUCCGUGAUUAUUGGGUUUUGUUUUGGGGCUCAAUGGCCAUUACUUUUCGGCAUAAUCUCUGAAAUAUUUGGGCUCAAAUAUUACUCAACUUUGUACAACUUUGGGUCAGUUGCAAGCCCAAUUGGAGGUUACAUCCUUAAUGUGCGGAUAACGGGCCAUUUAUAUGAUAAAGAAGCCACAAGACAAAUGUUGGCUUUGGGCCGAAGUAGGAGAUCAGGAGAAGAGCUAAAUUGCGUUGGACAAGAGUGUUUUCACUUAGCAUUUAUUAUAAUUACGGCAGCAACUCUAGUUGGUAUGUUUAUUUCACUAAUUUUGGUGUUUAGAACUAGAAAGUUUUAUCAGAGUGAUAUAUAUCAAAGGUUUAGGGAGGUGGCGGAACCGGUGGAGACUGAGAUGGUAGACGGUGUCGUGGUGGCCGAGAACGGAACGAAAAGAUCGGAGACGAAGUUGGUCGGAAGAUGAGUAUGUGGUGAUUCCUAAGAAAGGAAAUGUGACACAUACAACACAAAGAAUACUAAUGCAGAGUUGCACUGUCUUGGUUAUAUAUGUAUGUGAGUGUAAGAAAUGACUCUUUGUAACAAUUAGUGAGUAGUAGAUGUAAUGUUACAAUGUAUAGAGAAAGGUUGUAACAACUCAAACACUUCAUCUUUCAUCUAAAAUCAUAAUUAGCUCUAUUUUAAUUUGCUUCUGAUCA